UAUAGUAGUUGCAGUACUAGUAUUAUACAUUAUACAGUCUUGUUAAAUAGUACGUCAGUAUACACACCGCUACACAGUUAUACACCACUCACUCUCGCGGGCGUCGCCGUGGAACUUGCGGCGGAGUGACUAGUUCUUUGAGGAUUUGCGGCGUGACUAGUACUUUGCGGAUACGCGGCGUGAGUAGCACUAGUAGUACUACUACUAGGCGCGUCCCUCUCGGCUACCCACCACAUCGCAUCUGGUUCCGAUCGCGCGCUGAUGAUCAAGCUUCGGUGGCCGAUCGUGUUGAAGAUGGCAGGGUCGCCGUGGUGCAUUUCGUCUUUGGCUACCUGUCGCUGGGAUUCCAGCUCGAUACGUUCAGCGCGAGAUUGCCGCCGUUUCCAUAGGAUGAACAUCGCAAACACGGCCAACAGCAGCAGGCCGCAGCCCACACCUACGUAGAUGGACGUGUUCGAGCUGGAGCUGCUGACAGGUGCCGACGUGAUGGGGGCGGCGGACGUCACCACCGGGGAUGCCGUGACUGUGGUGGCUGGCCUAGGUGUCGUUGUCGUGACGACGGGAGCUUUCGUGGUGGUGAUGGUGGAGGUGGUAGUGGGAGAUUUCGUGGAAGUGGGAGUUGGCGUGGUGGUGGGAGUUGGCGUGGUGGUGGGAGUUGGCGUGGUCGUGAACGGGAACGGAAACGGUGGUAGUUCACCAUUGGACGGACACCACGUGCCAAGGCACGCGUCGUGCGUCACCUUCGCGGUGCACGAUACGGUCCUUUCGAUGGCAUCCAAGGCAAGGCACUCCCCACAUUCGUAUGUCAAGCGGUCACACGAGAACGACGUGGUGGACGUGGCGUACACCAAGCAGAAUGGGACGGUGCUGCAAAGGUCCAUUUGAGCUGCUACAGAUCGGAAGACAAGGAAUGAUGCCACAACAGACCAUUGUCCCGGCGUCAUGGUAAUGCGAACGAUGAAGAGGAAGAGGAGCCAUUACACCCACCCCUUCGAG